UAUCAGUUUAUUGACUACCUAUCCAAUGAGUCGGCCUCGAAGUCGCGCUACGUUGACUUGAAUCCACCUUUAUUGAGUUCUCUUGAUCGCUGGGGCUUGCCAUUCGGGCUGGCCCAUUCUCUGCUUGCUCUUGGCAUGUCAAACUUGGCCUCCUUUUCAUGGAACAAGUGCCUGUCUACCGUGGACGUGGGCUCCAUUCCGGGCAGUGAACGUAAAAAACGACGUUCAUGCAUUCCAGGCUCCGUGAGGUGGGCAUUUUUCCGACCGGACUCUUUUCGCCUGGCAAAAAUGCUCUCCUGGCUGGCUGAUGGCCGAAUUCAGGUUAUUGUGGAUUCCACCUACCCGUUUAGUAAUGUACCGGAGGCAUUCAGAAGGCUUCAGGCCCGUGCGGUUCGCGGAAAGCUGGUGAUAGUGCACGAAAAGAUAACCCAAAUCACUCCAAUAAUAAAAUAA